UGGGAUUGCCUAGAAGGCCUCAAUACCAGCUCUUCUUAUUACUUAAUUCAUUCCUAAACUCAGGAUCGCCUACUGCCUUGUUUCCCAAAAGCUCUUACAAAAUCAGCGUUACAUACAAAAUAGAACUUUCAGAGCCAUUAUUACAUUAUUUUCUAAUCGCCUUCAAGCAAUAGAAGAAUUGUAUUUCACCGUGUCAAGUGAAUUUCUUAAGGGCAUUAAAAAUCAAUUGAAGCUUUUGUAAUAGACCUCGCAGCCUAUUAUCAAAACCAAUCGUCAAUCGUCUGGUCGCCAGACAAGAUUAGUAUUCGUAGUAUAAGGCAUUACGAAGUCCCGGGUUUCUUUAACGGUGUUCCUGUCAACGCGCUACCAGACUCAGGCUCUGCAGUAGAUGCUGUCUCCGAGAGCUUUGCGAGGCGACAUGGUCUAGUGAUCGAAUUCACCAACUCACGGGCAAUACAUCUCCCUGGAGGGCACGCAGCUGAGAUUAUCGGUCGGAUUAUUGGUCACUUUAAAUUUCAAGGAGAGAGCCAUUCCUAUCGUCGCGAGUUUUGCAUCCUCCGAAAGAGUGUGUACGAUUUAAUGCUGGGUAGGAAGUUUCUCACUGAGACAAAGACUUUAACCGAAUUCCACCAUCGCAUUAUCCAGCGGAGCCGACCCUGCAUCCAAAAAGGAAGCCGGCUUUCUUAAUGGAUGAGUCACCAAAGGACCGCCUUCGUUGCACCAUCAACAGCUAUGAGGCCUCGGCAUUUCUGGAUACUGGGUCGGAUCUUAUGAUCGUUUCUGGGGACUUUGCCCGCCGCAGUGGGUUCAUAGUCCACCGUGAAGAGAAAUAUAGGAGGAAAAUCGAACUUAUCGAUGGCUCUACUAUCCGUACAGACGGGAUGGUUUUGGACGCAGAGCUGCAGUUCGAUGCAUUACCAAAAUCAGAGUUGUUGGACUUGAAUUAAUACCUCGAAUAUAUAGACGGUAUUUCCUCGCUUAAGAGCAAAGGAGUUGGAGAAACACCUAGAACGACAUUCAUAUAAUACAACCUCCACGUCAUUGAGGGCUUAUCAUGCGACAUUAUUCUCAGCAAUGACUUUAUUUUCCAGAAUCAAGUCUUCUCUAGGUUUAAAGGCCUUUUUUAUGCCAAGUUAGCGGAUUCUCUUCCACUUGCCGAUAGUCUUAUGCGCCAUGGCAUAUUAUUCAUCAGGAAUAUAAGAAAGAAAUUCCACUGGUUUUCUAGGCGGAGACGAUCACCACAGAGCUCGACAAGUCCGAUUCCUCUUCAGAAUAGCUCGACAUGGGAUCGUGCUUGGGAGAUUGAGGAAGCGCGAAGAAACCAAACACAACUGUGGAUUGCAUCUUUAUCAGAGCCGCAGAAGUCUAUCGAACAGAGAAAUGAGGAUCAAGAGAAGGCAAUAUGGGACAGACGAAACCCAAGGCCACUACCAACACGAUCGCCGGCCUUUGAUCCAAUUGUGAGACGAAGGGCGGUCCCUGGAGUCCUUGCAUCCUAGUCUCCUAUAUAAUUUGCAUUCAAAAACAUGGCAACGUCCCCUAGAAUUUAGAUUUGAUACCCAACUAAUGAUGCUACGAAGUGGGAAAUUGCGACGACGAUGAAGAGAAGAACUAAUCUACCUGUUAUUAACAACACAUAUUGUUAGGGGAUAAUAGGUAGUCGCCAAGCAGCAGGUCUGCACUCCACGCCCUCCCCUGUUUUUAUAUAGAAUGGAUUUUAUAGAGUUACUACCUACUAUAUCUAAAUACUAGAAGCUACCUGUUGUCCCCUCACUUUACUCAAUCCCUUUUAAAGACUUAUAACGAAACGGCCAACAACCCAUGCCACCCAAACACAGGCCCACCCAGCGUGUGAUUACUUAUUGUUUAGAUCGAAUAACUUUACUACUGCGUACAUUAUCAUUUAACAACUAAAAACAAGGCUUGAUAAUGUCGAGUUGGAUUACGUAGGAAUUACUGCUAGUUAACUGGCUACCUACCUAACCUAUCAAGGGAUAUCCCGUCUUAUUGCUUUUAUAAGCUGCUAUUACGUCAUUGAUGUCGAUACAGGCUAAAUGCCGAGUCUAAUCUGUCGAGUCUCACGGAAAACGGCAAACUCAAUGGCCAAUGCUGUUGCUAGGCUCAAGACUUGGUUUCUUCACAGUACCUACACUACAUAUGCCCAUGUCCUACCUAGGUAGGUACCUAAUGCAAACAAGUCACAGCGACAAUGAUCCACACGUGGGCUGUUGUCGCGCAUCGCUUUGUCGGCACAUGUGUAUAGUAAAUACCCGUAUCAGAUGCAUCUAUGCAUUUUCGUAGGGUCAGACAGAAGGGGUCUAGAUUCUAUAAAUCUAAGUCGUGACUAGAACAGAAAGACAUUUUCAUGUAGUACAGUUGCAUUAUUCUUCCGCGUGACGUUCGGAAGUGCUAAGCGUUGGG